AUGCCACGCUCCUUUUGGUUGCCAAAGUCUGACGGUGACGUUCUUUUGCAGAGGCCCACCCUAUACAACCUCGAUGAUGUGCUGAAGAAGCAUAUCGAUCCAAGCUCUAGGAACAUCAAGAGGUUGGAUGAGUUCUUGGUGGACUUCACUGUGCAGAUCAUUGAGACGGAAAAGUCUGAUGACUUUGUGUAUGAGAUGCAUGAUAAUGAUGUCUUGUACGUGUCUGCCAGAGUGAUCUGGGAUGCCCUGUUUCGGUUGUUGAACGAAAGUGAUGUCACCUUCAUCAACAAACAAGUGGAGAAGGAUGUUCAAGACGCCGAGAAGAUCAAGGAGAAUGAUGGUUGGAUCCACUUCUUGAUGAUAUAUGGGCACAAGUCACAGGAAAAGUACCUUCCCCAAGUUUCUCAGUCUUGUGAGUUUCGUCACAAGCUGGCGAUGUACAAGCUCAAUGAGGAGGCUGCUGAGCUCGAGAACGAGAAGAAGAGGCUUGAGAUUGAGGUGCUGAGGAAGCAGCUUGGAAGGCCAUCGAAGCGUGGACGUGAGUCGGAUGACGAUGAUGAGUGA